GCGCGUAACUGAUCUUGAUUAAAUAUGUCAGCGCCCAUGACCGAAUUGGAGAAACUUUAACACAUAUUUUCGUUUUCAGUUAACUGACUUGUUUUAACCACAUAAUGGCCAUCAAAAGUGUAUACAUUGAAUCAGAAGCGUAUCUAGUGUGUUUGACACAUGCACUGUCAACUGAAAGAGAGGAAAUUAUGGGUUUACUUAUUGGAGAAAUUGAUGAAGAGAACGUCUCCAGAAUUUCCGCAGUUAUCAUGCUGAGGAGGUCGGAUAAACAGUCCGACAGAGUAGAAAUCUCCCCAGAGCAACUUUCUGCAGCUUCUACAGAAGCUGAGAGGCUGGCAGUUGAGCUUGAUCGACCCAUGAGAGUUCUGGGAUGGUACCAUUCACAUCCACACAUAACAGUUUGGCCAUCACAUGUUGAUGUACGCACACAGGCAAUGUACCAAAUGAUGGAUCCAGGCUUUGUUGGGUUGAUUUUUUCAGUAUUCAAUGAAGACAAAAAUACUAAGCAAAACAGGAUACAAGUGACAUGUUUCCAGGCAUCAGACAAUGGUUCAGAUUAUACCCGUAUUGAAGUUCCGAUGCACAUUGUGCCAAGCAAGAAGAUAGGUUCAGCUUGUAUACAGUCCUUGGUGACACUUCCAGACAUUCUUACUAUGGAAGAAGAAGAGGCUUAUCAGAGGGCUGCAGAGAACAAAGACAUUGACCUUAUUACAAAGGUCCACAAUGCAUCCGUGUAUACAAAGUCUCUGUGUCAUGUGAUAGACGUUAUGAAUGGACCAGUCCUACAGACACUUGAAAACAGGUUGGAACGGAACAAAAACAGAAUUCACACAUUGGAAAAAGAGAAACAAGAACUGUUGAAAAUUCUUAGUGAAACUUGAUUAGUGCCUGAACUAAUUUUAAACAUCUACGGUUUCAAAAUAUUACUAUUGAGUAAUUUUUCAAAGAAAGCUCGAUUUCUUGAACUCAUAGUUGACUGUUAAUGGUUAUUAAAUUUCAAACUUCAACUUCACUCAUAAGACAUUUUUCCAAGUGUCAGUGAAAAGUAUUUUGUGUCAAGCUAUAAUAGUCAUAAUGAGUACACUCAAUAUGCUAAUAAUGAUUUUGCUUGUGCAUUGCUAGAUUACAUUUAGUUUAUUCACACACUUUGCUUCCCUUUGCCAUGCAUUAUUUCUCAGCAAUGGUUCUUAUAUGCAUGUAUCACUUUACUAGAAAAUUUUCCAAGACAUGAGACAUGAACUGCAAUUGAAUACACAGUGUUACUAAGGAAAAUAAUAACUGAAUCCAACAAUAAAUGUAUUUUUUGGAUUGACGAUAAUUAUGGUAAUAUAGCCACUAUGGACUGUUUUUCAAAGGUGAUUGAAUCUUUUGGAACAUGUUUCUCCACUGACAUCAGAAAUUAUUUUCACCUUGAAGACCUGCAAUGUGAAUUUUCAUUUUUCAAAGUUUCAUCAAAAAGAUAAAUUGUCUCUUUUAACAUAAUAAUUUCGGUAUUAAUUUGGAAUUAUGUGCAUUUUUUCAAGUAGAAUCCAGCUGAAAUAGAUGUGUGUAAAAAGGGUGGAGGAAAUUAUAGCUUUUAACCCAAUGUACCAAACUCUUCUAUUACCAGUGUGAAAUAAUAACUUUCCAAAUAUGACUUUUCUAAUUUUGACUGGGGCAGUCUUUUUAAGAAAAGUCAAACUGCAUGCAGGCAUUGCUUCCCUUCAACUUCAGAAAUCUCUACCUAUAGGUAAGGGAGAUCACUGUGUAGAAGAUUGAAGAAAAGAACUAUUAUUUUAUUAGUACGAUUUCUUUAUUUCUAAAGCAUCAGCUUCAAAUACUUAUGGAGCAUUAUCGUUAAUUUAACACAUUUAAAUGCAAAGCAACUGAAAAUUGCUUUUACAAAACAUUCACCAAAAACACACUUUUUGCAGUAAGAUGUGCAUAAUGCCACUUCAAAGCAAAAUUUGAAUGAAAUAUGGAGUCAAAGAAGUUGAAAAAUGCUUUAAAAUGUAUUUGAGCCGUGCCAUGAGAAAACCAACAUAGUGGAAUUGCGACCAGUAAGAAUCCAGACCAGCCUGUGCAUCUGCGCAGUCUGGUCAGGAUCCAUGCUGUUCGCUAACAGUUUCUCUAAUUGCAGUAGGCUUUAAAAGCGAACAGCAUGGAUCCUGACCAGACUGUGCGGAUGCGCAGGCUGGUCUGGAUCCAUGCUGGUCGCAAACCCACUAUGUUGGUUUUCUCGUGGAGCGGCUCAUUUGUUGGAAUACUUUUGAGUCUUGAAAAUGAGCAAAAGAUUAAAUAAAUGUUAUAUUAGCAAAUGUCAGUGCUCUUUAUCUUUGAGACACAAAAAGAUUGCAUAAUAAACCCUGAUUGAAUAAUUGAAAACUGUUGUGUUUGCAAAUUGCAACUUAUAUUGGGUUUCAACUUUGAUAUUUUGUUGUUUAACACUGGUAAUACUCAAGAGUCACAGAACUUAGAAAAGAACAAACUAAGAUAGAUACACUGCAGAUAUCUUAUUAAUAACUCUAUGCUUUCAGUAAUAUAAAACUGAACUUCAGUUUUCAUUGGGUGAAUUUUAACUAUGAAUGAGAAGCCCCUAAUACAAUAUCUGGAAAACUUAACUCCAUGUUAACUGUUAAUGAAAUGAAGUGGCUGAGUGUAUAUAGUCUUCAGUGCCUUGAGACUACUUUAUGUACUUUGGAUCUAUAUUGCUUCAUUGCAAAGAGGCAUCCAUAUGCAUUGUUCUGUUUUUCACUAAAUGUUAACUAUUACUUUUUACCUCGAUUUCUCUUUAAAUACAAGGAAAUACUGUUUAUAUUGUACAUUAUUCUAAAGAACUCCAAUGAAAAUAUGGACAUAAAACAUCUAGAAAAUAUCUUGGUUAGUUUCGAAUUUAUCUUUAAAAAAUCUGAUAGGUUACUUUUGCAAUGUAAAGUAUCAUGAAAUCAACUUUUUCCUGCCAAUUUUGUACAUUAAAAAACAAACUUAAAUUUAUAUAGGCCUGAAUCUUUCAUAGGGAGUAAUACUGAUUUGGCAACAAAACAGACAUUGAUAAUUUUUUUAAAAUGUGUUACAGAAUAAUGUAUCUUGCAAAAUAUAGCCAAAAUUCACGAAAGACCCGGUUAUGGAUCUGGUGGAUCAGCAGUAAAUAAGAAAUUAUUAAGUUGUGCUCGUUUGUUUUUCACAUAAAGCCAGUUUUUAUUAGACUGUUCAGUCAUUACUGGCACUGUUUUUCAAGAAACUUAAUCUGUUACUUAGUUUGCACAGCCUAUCUGACCUGUGUGUAAAUUUUGAUUCACAGCAUUCAUCCUUUCUGUUUCCUGUGUUUAGAGGCAAGUACAUUUGUUUUUGGGAGGCCUCUAGCAAUAUAGUGUAGUUUAUACCAAUUUAUCUAAGCUUGAAUCAAAACUCUUCAGUUAGCUUCUUAGGAAAAUCAGUCAAAUUGUUAUAUAAGGAGCCAGGCAUCAGUGACCCCAAUUGGUUCAAACGCAGGACCUCCUAGCCGAGCAUCAAAGCCUUGCCUCUUUUUACUUUGAGUAGGUCUUUUGCCACCAGUAGAGUUUUUUUCACAAGUCUAUGUCUUUUUCCUCAGUGAAGACUUCAUGAAGAGUCGAACUUUGCUUAAAUCUUUUUCCACCAGUAAAGAAAUAGAUGGUGCCUCGAUGAUUUUACACCAGUAAAAAAUGGACAGCCUUUGUUUAGGUCAUUUUGUACCAGUAAAGUAGUGAAAAGAUCAAUAAAUUAUUCCCCAAGUCUUUUUUUUUCACUCCAAUAAAGAAAUGAAUAAGACAGACUA